CCGCGCAACACGUUUGUUCAACUUUCCAGCUCUUCCGUGUGGCUUGACCGCAUGCAAUAGCCCAUCAUGACCUCUACAAUCGGCAUUCCGAUCAAGCUGCUCAACGAAGCCACCGGACACCAAGUGACCGUUGAGAUCUCCUCGGGACAGACGUAUCGUGGAAAGUUGGUAGAAGCCGAAGACAACAUGAACUGCCAACUGGAGAACAUCAACGUCACCCAACGCGACGGCCGAGUCACCCAUCUCGAUCGUGUGUACAUUCGCGGUUCGCAUGUGCGCCUCUUCAUCGUCCCCGACAUGCUCAGGAAUGCGCCCAUGUUCCGUUCACGAAACCUUCGAGGCCGAGGUAUUGGGUUGGCGAGAGGAAGAGCUACGGUGAACCGGGCACGUGGCCAGACAAGGAGGGGAUGAGCGCGCGAUGACAUCUCAAUGAACCCAGGAAGGAAUGCUGUAUACGGAUUCUCGGAGAAGCAGCAAUGUAGCAGUGGAACGAGGAAACGCCACGUCUGGCCUGCCAGAUCCAGGUUCUCGGAGGUGAGAAGACUGGCGAGAGAAGUGAGGAGACUGCACAACCAACCCGAAGUCGCGAUGGCAUCGUGUCUGUGGUGCAGCGCAAAGGCCAAGGUGGAAUUGCGAUAGACGCCUCAGGCAGCAACCCGACCAAUUUAGUUCAAAGCACGUGAAAGGUGCCUUGCUCUCCCACUUUCCGUACUUC